CAUCUUGAUGAAAACCGAAAUCUUCUGUCAGAAUUUUACAUUUCAAAGCUUUAUCUUCAAAGAGCUUUCAAAUUUAGUGUAACAUAUUUAUCCGUAUGUGUAGCAGAAUUUUGUUCAAUAUUACGUGAAACAGCACGGAAUUUAAAUUUUCGAAAAAAAUAAAAACUAAAGAAACUGAAAGGGUUAUUCACCAUGUGACCCCAACAAAAUCCGGAGAACAUUACCUGCAGGACGAGAGAUGGGACAUUUGGAUGCAGACAGAAUGUUUACCUGUUGGUAGUGACUCAUGCAGCGAUUACCAAAGACAGAUUAUACAUAUGCUAAAAGUGGGAGUUACAGUCCACGUUUUUUUGAUAGGAAGUACGUGAACCCGAACAUGUCCCGUUACCGUAUCCAUGGGAGGCGUCGGGGAGGGGACUUAGGGGGUGUGUCAUCAGAGGAUGAUGAUGAGCUGCUGUAUGGUGAAUAUAGUGACCAGGAAUUCUCCGACACUGAGACAGAUGUCUCCUAUGAGAAAGUUCUGGAGGAGGGUAUAGAGCUGCGAUCUGGGAAGAACCUGCAGUCACUCCGAGAAGUAUUGCACCACCAUGACCAGCUGGGGGCUCCCCACACCACAUCCAAGCUCCCUAGGGGGUCGCGUGUCUCUGACCUCUCACCAAGGUCACACUCCACAAGUAAAAAGGAACUAAAAUCACAACGUAUCCAUCUACAAUAUGACCAGCUGGAUAGCAGUCACCACACAAUGUCGAAGUCACAAAAUUAUUUACAGACUUCCAAUAUCACUGCUAGGAAGAGUUUAAAUACCGAGUUUAGUAAAAAGCAUGCAUCAGAUCAAGUGCCAUCUAUAAGUAAACAUUUAAAGUCAAACUUAAAAAACAGAAAAUACAAUGAAAGAGUGGGUGAGCCCCCUCAUUCUAAGUCAGGGUUGUCAACUCGGACUGUGACCAAGACUGUAGUGGAGGAGUUUGAAGAAUUCCCAGAGAAAGGUGCCUUAGAGGCGUCCGAGAAACAGACAAGGUCUAGUCAGGCCCAAACAGCACUUGGUAGCAAAAACACUGUCAAUCUGUAUGGUUUGGACUCAGAUGGGGAGUUUUCUGAUACAGACUCCAGCUAUACCCGCACGUCCGCAUCCAGCAAUGGAGGCAGUAGCUACAGUGGCACCACCAGAUCAUCAUCAAAUACAACAACCAUCAUCACUACUGUCACAGAGACCAUAUGGACGGUAACCAGAAGUGCAUUCCGGCCAAUUGUCAGUCAUGUCUGUCGUCCUCUGUGGACCAAUGUUGGCUGGCCUGCCUGGACACUGAUCACCUCUGUCCUAACCUCCGUGCUUUACCUCCUGUGGACACUUGUUUCCAUACCUGUGACACUAGUGGUGUCUGGUCUGGGCCGGUUCCUGUCUUGGCUGGGGUCAGUCCGUUCACAGACCGACACAGUUGAUGGUGUUGAUUUUCAAAGAACAGUGGGAAAGAAAGCCCAAUCACAAAAAGCAGGUGCAGACGAUGUGCGGUCACAAGCUGCAGGGGCAGAGAGAAGUCAUUUUAGUGCAACUACUGUGGGCAGUAGCCAGUCUUUGGCAACAGGUAUGAACAGUUCACAGCCUGGACCCGCAACUAUGGACAGUGCUCAGUCUGGACCCUCCAUUAUUCAUAGUGUCCAGUCAGGGGCUGGUUGGCUGUGGGAAACAGUCGAACAAAUCACCUGGAGCAUAGCCAGCUUUGACGUUUUCCUGUUUAAAAGGCGUCGUGGGCGAGGCUGCUGUCUGUUGCUGCCACUGUUGUUACUGCUGCCCCUCCUCCUAGCCUUCAUCACUGGUGCUUCAAUAUGGGAUAAAGAGUCAACAUUGCUAGGACUGUUUGGGAAACAAGAAGGACCAAAGAUAAUUAUCAAUGAGAAGAGUGGACAGUUGGAUGCUGAGCUACGACAGCUGCUGUUUCAGUUGAGCCAGCGGUCGGAGAGCCAGCUGACUGUGGGUGACGUUGAGGCCAUUGUCCAGCGGAUAGUUGACCAGAAGACAGAGCGCGUAUGGGGGGAGGUACAGGCCACACACAGCCAGGAUGUACAAGUACAGACAAAGUGGCGCACAGACCAGGAGCAGCAACUAGCCAAGUUACAGAGGGAGCAGGGUGACCUUACAGCAGCCAUCAAGGGCCUGGAGGGUGUGAUUGCCAGUCAGAAGGCAGCCAUAUUGGACCAAGGCACUGAGAUAGAGGGUAUAGCAGGGCUGGAGGAAAAGCUGGCCGCCCUGCAGACACAGUUGUCUGCCCUUGACACACAGCAGGUAGCACUGGCGGCACAGCUCAAUGCCUGUUGCAAGAAUGAGUCAUACUAUGCUGGAGCCAUAAAGAAGAGUGUUGCCGUGACUCUAGCUCAGAUGAUGUCAGGUACUGUGAGCGGUGAGGCGACCCAGGAUGGGUUCACCACAUGGCUUCACUCCAACUACGUGAGCCGUGCAGCCCUUGACGAACGCCUUGAACAGCUCACCGCCGAGCUCACUGCUAGUGUGCUCAGCCUUGUUCGGGAGCGGGAGGUUACGCGAGAACCAGAUGUGGCUCCCGUCCUUGUGGGAUCAAGCAUGGAUGAACAGCAGGUACGGGCUAUGAUUGAGGCGGCACUCUACCGGUACAGUGCCGACAAGACCGGCCUGCCAGACUUGGCCCUUGAAUCUGCUGGUGGUGCAGUAGUCAGUACUCGUUGCUCAGAGACGUUUUACAGGAAGACAGCGCUGGUCAGUGUGUUUGGCAUUCCACUCUGGUACACGUCCAACUCACCCCGGACUGUCAUACAGCCGGAAGUUCACCCAGGUCAGUGUUGGGCGUUCCGGGGCUCACAGGGCUACAUCGUGAUUCAGACAGCCACCCUAAUAACCCCCACUGGCUUCACCCUGGAGCACAUACCUAAGGCUCUGUCACCAAGCGGACACAUUGACAGUGCCCCCCGUGACUUCACUGUACUGGGCUUAUCAGCGGACAAUGACCGAGUGGGUGUGUCCUUGGGAAACUUCUCGUACAAGGAUGAGGGCAGCCCCGUACAGUAUUUCCCCAUACAGGUUAGCCAGAAGGCGGGAGUGUUUAGUCUGUACGAGCUGAAGAUCCUCAGUAACUAUGGCAACCCAGAAUAUACAUGCCUGUACCGGUUCCGUAUCCAUGGGAAACCAGCUAAACUCUAGAUCAACAGAUGUCCUUGGGCACAACAAUUAGUCUGUCCGCGGUUGAUGAAGUUACUGCGGAGGUGAUUUCAGAAUUAUCAUGUUGAUGAAAGGUCUAUGGCAGGGAUAUUGAUGGUUAUGGUGUUUUAUGAGUGAGGGCAUAAUAGUGAUGUCCAAACAGCCACAGGGUCACUAUAGAGAUAUUUGAGCAGACUGGGAAUUUGCAUCAGAAAAUUGAUUUUCUAGUGGAUGAUGAUUGGAACCAAGAUAUUGGCUGACCCUCAAACAUUUCCAUAUAUCAGCAUCAUUUGGACACAUAUGCAAGUAUAAUAAGACUUGUGGGAUGAAAUGGCCACAAAUAAUGAUUGUCCAAGGAUUGACUUGAUGACAAAUGAAUAGGUCGCAUACCCAGUGGUAUCUAUUGGAUCUAAGCUGGUGAAUAUAUAUGGAGGUAGAGGAGUCUUGUUUCAAAAUGGCAUUGUUUGCUGCAUUACUACUUUGUUAUUAGAAAUUUAAUUGGGCAUUUGCAACUAGGGUUUCGUAUUUAUGCGAUCUAUUUGUUAAAAAUUCAUGCUAACUGUUGUCUGGGUAACACAAAAGUUACUAAUAUUUCCACUUUCCUGUAAUUACUAGGGAAUGUGGUCUUUGUUACACAUAUAAUGUAAGUGUAUCGAAUAAUAGAAAAUAAUACAGUUAUAUAUUAACAUAACAUUUUCCAAGUGUAAAGGUAGAUGUUUCAUUUACCAUCUUAGUUAUCAGUGCUUGUAGAAUACACUUUGAGCUAGCCACUGUUGUCCCUGCUUAAAUUGUGUUCAUCGCCUUAGAUAUUCUAUUGCCUUCUCUUAGGUACGCUAUUCCUUAUUGAAGCUAGGUAUGCUAUUGCCUUCUUUUUGGUUUGCUAUUCCUUAUUAUAGGUAUGCCCUUGCCUUUUUAUGGGUAUGCUAUUGCCUUCUUGUAGGUAUUCUAUUGCCUUCUUAUAGGUAUGCUUUUGCCUUCUUGUAGGUAUGCUAUUCGUUGGUAUGCUAUUGCCUUCUCGUAGGUAUGCUAUUGUCUUCUCGUAGGUAUGCUAUUGUCUUCUCGUUGGUUAUGCUGUUGCCUUCUAGGUAUACUAUUGCUUUUUUCUGGGCAAGCUGUUGCCUUCUCCAAGUUAUUCUAUUGCCUUUUCAUAGACAAGCUGUUGCCUUCUCAAAGGUAUGCUCUGGCCUUCUUGUAGGUAUGCUAUUCGUUGGUAUGCUAUUGCCUUCUCAUAGGCAACCUGUUGCCUUCUCAAACCUAUGCUCUGGCCUUCUUGUAGGUAUGCUUUUCGUAAGUAUGCUCUUGCCUUCUUGUAGGUUAUGCUGUUGCUUUCUCAUAGGUAUUCUAUUGCCUUCUCAUAGGCAACCUGUUGCCUUCUCAUAGAAAUGCCAUUGCCUUCAGUCAAAUAUGUUUUGUUCCUAUUCUUGUUGAACAUUUUUGAGCGCUUAAUGAUAAUACUGAAGAAUCUCUUAUUGAAAAUAAAUAGCACGUUUACUUAUAUCUUUACAAAUGGAUGGUUUGGAAAGAAAGACGUUUUUAUUUACCUAGUACCUUUUAUGUAUCGUUGUUUUAUGAGUUUUUUUAAUGCAGCUUUUAAUCUUCAGAUAUUUUAAUCUACAGAACUGUUCCUUGCCUUUUACCAAACAUUCUCAAGGUUGUUUACCUUUCACUUUUGUUAAUGAAAUGAGUAAUUGAUUCAUCACCAUCCAAGCUUAGCUACCAAAGUGUGAGGUUCUCCAUGAACUACACUGUACUACAAUAUUUGUAGAUGGAUUACCACCCCAUGCCUGUUGUGUUCAUGACAUGUCUUUGUUUUAAUGGGUAGUAUAUAUAUAUAUAUAUAUAUAUAUAUAUAUAUAUAUAUAUGUUGUGUUCAUGUCUGUCUGCAGAGAUUUACAUGUUUACAUUAUGUGUUUUAUUAAUUUAAAUCUAUUUAUUUAUAGUUUGUGUUUUAUAAUCAAUAGUUCACCAUGUAAUUUUACUUGCUUCACAUGUACCAGGCAUAUCAUGAUAUGUAUUGUUUAUUUUUUGAGACUAAUAAAUUUUCUGGCAAAGA